AUGACCGCCCCUUUGGUAUUGGGGCUUUCCAUGCUGCUGGCUAUUUCGAUGGCCGUCACAGCCCUGUACAGACUUACCUUGCACCCACUAGCCCACAUUCCUGGGCCGAAGAUAGCGGCCGUGACACAGCUCUACCAGACAUUCUACUGCUAUUACGGAAACAAAAGCCGCUUCUACCAGAAGAUCGACCAUCUGCACGCCAAAUAUGGCCCGGUGGUCCGCAUCACGCCAAAUGAAGUGUCUUUGAACGACCCAGAAAACUACAACAAGAUAUACCACGUUGGGACGAAGUAUUGGAAAGCGCCCGACUAUUAUCGCGUCUUCGGUGCACCUGCUGCUUUCUUCACCACGGUGGAAAACCGAAUUCAUUCUCUCCGUCGUGCCCCGUUGAACACAUUCUUCUCUCGCAAGAGUGUCUUGAACUUGGAGCCGGUAGUGCAAGAGAAGGCUCGUAUCCUUAUCACGAGACUGCAAGAGGGCCUGAACGGCGGCGACAAUGGCCGAGGUGUCGUGGAGCUCCAUGAUGUUUUCAGUGCCCUCAGCAUUGAUGUGGCCAGUGAUUAUUCCUUUCACAGCUGCUACGGGCUCUUGGGCGCAGAAGGCUACGGGCACAAGUUUUCGUCCAUGGUGCGAGGCGUCCUGAAAUCGUUCUGGUUCUUCAUGCAGUUCGAGAGGGUUGAGAAUUUGGCGUUGCAGCUUCCACCUUGGCUCUCGUCAGCAUUCAGUCCGGCACUGAAAAGAUAUAAUGCCAUGGUUGAGGGAACACGACGUAAUGUUAAAGCCGUCAAGUCUCAGGUUGAUGGCGGACAUGAUAAGCCUCUCCGAAGGUCCAUCUUCCACGAGCUCCUCGAGUCAGAUCAGCCGCCCAGUGUCGAUGAUAUGACAGAUAUUGCGUUAACCAUCAUCGUGGCGGCGGCGGCCGCGACUGGCAAUGCACUGUCCAUUAUGGCUUUCUAUGUCAUCAAUGAUGCGAAUAUUUACCAACGACUGCGUUCGGAACUUAUAGAAGCGUUCCCAGAGGAAAAGCCGGACAUGAGCUGGUCUGCCUUGGAGAAGCUCCCAUACCUGGCUGCCGUUGUCAAAGAGAGCUUGCGUCUCUCCUACGGAGUCAUUGGAAGACUGCCUCGCAUUGUUCCAGAACCUGGCGCCGAGUUCAAUGGCUACUUCAUUCCCCCCGGUUCCACAGUGGGCAUGUCCAGCUGGACAAUGCAUCGCAGCCCAUCGAUCUUCCCCGAGCCCGACAAAUUCGAUCCGGGACGCUGGCUUGACUCAGCCGAGUCAAGCCGGCUCCAGCGUUACUUGGUGUCGUUUGGCAAAGACAGUCGCCAGUGCAUUGGGAUGCCGCUGGCAUAUUGUGAGUUGUAUGUUACCGCAGCGGCCCUUUUCCGCGCAUUCGGAGACCUGGAGAUUGUCGAUACGCAGGUCGGUGAUCUGGUAUUCGACGACUACUUCUCGGGCUACCAUCCAGAAAACGCGACACCGCUACGAGUCACACGGCGAAAAUAG